AGAGAAAACAAAAUGAGUUUUAUAAGUGAAAGUGGUGAAAUCAAACACUCCAUUAGAGGAAGAUCUUUGAUGCAGGGUCCAAGGCCUUCUCCGUUAAAGGUUAGCGAUUCUUCAUCGAUGAUCAAGAAACCAUCGUGUAAUAAUGAUAUUCGAAAUCGAAUCGUUGGAAGCAGUAGCAGCAACAAGGUAAUUAACCCUGUGGUGAUCUAUACUAGGUCGCCGAAGAUUAUCCAUGUUAGACCCGAGGAGUUCAUGAGCCUCGUGCAACGCCUGACGGGGAAGGAGUCGUUAUCAAGUGACGAAUCAUAUGAUCGACCACCCUCGUCAGCUUCCCAGAACAUGGUAGAGGAUGAUGAAUCCAUGGCGGUUGCCCCACCGGCCAAGGUGGCUAAGAGAUCGGGUAGUUUGUUUGAUGCAGAAAUGUGGAAGCUGGCUUUUAAUGGGGUGGAACAUGGUGAUCAAAUUCUUCAACUGUCUCCAACUUGGCUGCGUUUCUUAGCUUGUGUAUAGAUCAUACGUUUACGUUCUUAAUUAUGAGUUCAAAAUGUUAUGUUACUACUAGCUACCAACAUGUUACUCAUGUAAUACUAAAAUGUAUCUAAAAAAGUAUAUAUUUUGGUUGUAU